AUGGCAAAUGCAGACAUGGACGUGGAUGCUCAGGAGGCCCUCUGCGGUCAGAAGCUGGGGACCAAGCCGGAGCCAGGACUGGAUGCACCAUGGGGGCGAAACGACACGAUUCAGGAAUACAGGCCCUCGGAGACCCACUCGGACUGGUUAGAGACCAAGGACAUGGUGAUGCACCCCCCGCACGAAGAACGGCGAAACGGGGACGGUGCCGGGGCUGUGCGAUACAGCAGCCAAGUGGAGGACCACGAAGGAAGAGGAGCCAGAAAGUUGAGCUACUCUCUCAAGCUGGCCCUCUUCAAGCAACUGCUGAUCACAAUGCACGAGCGGCUAUCGGAGACCUUCAAAACACCGACGGCCAUGGAACACGCCAAGUCCUUGGGCUGGAUCGACAGCGAUCAGAACUGGCUGACACUGAAGUGGAAGCCCACGCAGCAGGCUCUCGAAGUCGACACCUCCACGAGAGCAGUCCCUACCACGGACUUGCUCUCGCAACUGGCCCAGAUGAGGAGGGCCAUCAACGAAGAAAUUCUACUUCGAUUCCGCAGCAUCCGCCAUCUCUCUCCGGCGGUCAAGGCGGAAUGGAUACAGUUUCAACUGGUGGUCUCGUUCCGGCCAGAAGCAGCACCAGUCUGGAGUGCAUUACAGGGCUGGAUCGAACGUGCCGCGUGGCAUGUUCUCGGCUGCAGACUGCGCCGAGACAGGCCGAACUACGAUUCACUUGUCAACGAGAUCUGGAGCUAUCAUUAA